GCUCAACAGGGGCUGUGCCUCCUGAAAAUAGCUGCUGUUAGGGCGCACUCGCGAGUCAAACGAGGCAUAGGCGACGGCCCUCGAUCACCUGAGCUGCCCCAGACACGCAAGAGCGGUGGUGAAACCCCGGUUCGCAGAGCUGCUACCGACCCGGCCACAGGCAGCGCCGGAGAGCGCUGCGAACGCGCAGCAACAAACCAUGUCGGCGCAGCUCGACGCCGCCGAGGAAACGCUCGCCGCCACGGCCGAGGUGCCGCCGCGCGGCCACCGCCUCGCCGCCGACGCGGCCGCCGCCGCCGGCGAGGUCACGCGGUUUCCCACCGGUUUAAAUGAUGUACAAACAAACACAAGUGACCCCUGGCUCUUCGUCCAGCUCGCGGACCCGCAGCUGGGCAUGCUCAACUCGGACCAGGAGGAUGGUACAUGGGACGAGGAGACGGCGACGCUCACAAAAGCUGUGGACCACAUCAACCGCCUCAAGCCGAAGUUCGCGAUCGUUUGCGGGGAUUUGGUCCACGAAUUCCCCGAGAAUGUCGGCGAGAAGGGUAAUGAUGGAAGGAAAGCUAAGCAAACAAAAUCGCUGCAGUCGGCGCUUAGUCGAGUGGAUUCGUCGAUCGGCUUGGUCUGUUUGUGCGGCAAUCAUGAUGUCGGCAAUGUGCCUUCCCGAAAAUCUAUCCGGGACUUCCGCAAUAAUUAUGGAGAGGACUACGGGCUGUUCCGAUGUGGGGAUCAUCGAUGCGUCGUCAUCAACUCGCAACUCGUCAACAGCAAAGAGAAGUUCUGGCAAGGUUUGCGGAAGGAGCAGUGCGCUGAAAUAACGCCAGUAGCCCGGCAGCAGGAUAACUGGUUAGAUAGUUUACCUCCAGAUGAGCCUUCUCUGAUUUUCUCGCACAUACCACCGUUCAUAUUCGCUGACGACGAGCCGAAGGGCUACUUCAACCACGAACCUGCAGUAAGGAGGCAUCUAUUAGCUCAAAUUCGAAGAUUGGACAGACGCGCGAAGUGGUUCUGCGGGCACUUCCAUCGCAACGCGGGGGGCUUCUCGGACGAGUUGGAGGUCGUCGUGACGUCUGCUGUUGGUUGUGCUUUAGCGUGGAAGGUUGGUGUGGACGAGGAGGAUCGGCUGGGGUUGGACGGCUUCGACUGGAAAAAGCGGGGCUGUUCCGAAGAGCGGUCGGGGUUGAGGUGCGUCUGCGUUCACGGUAGAAGCGUGAAGCACAGGUUCUUCUCAUUAAAAGACGUGCCCGAGGACCCUUUGAUGGAGUCGGAGGCGUGGUAGUCCUGUUUUGUGUACGAAGUAAGUUGUGGCGCGCUAGCUUUUAUCUUCGCGUCGAUGGCGUCG